AUGUCGGACCGAGUGCCGGCACGUACUUGGGCUGAGUUGCUGAAGCAGGGCCUUGCACCACAAUAUGCUUCUGUCAUGGUUUGCUUGGCUGAGGCGGCUAAGGCGGAGGCUGCUCAACAGGAGGCACGUGCCUUUUCUGAGUGGAUCGGCUACUUAACGAUGGAGCAAGCUGAGAUCCCCAAACGCAACGGGACACAGCCACCACCGCCUUCGCCAGUAAGUGGCGUAGAGAGAAUCCCAUUCAACAUACCGCAAGAAGACAAUGAAAUUCAUUCGCUACUGGACGAGCCGAAUGUGCCGCUCGAGCAUGUGCUACACACACCCAUUCUACAGCCGCACGAGCUGGAACCUCUCCGAAAUAUUUUCCCUAGCAUAAACAACGACACGCUGACGCAAUGGCAACUGGACACUUGGCGCAUGCCCAUGCCGGCCAAUCAGCUGUUUUUGUUGCCACCACAGGGCACAGCUGUGCAACAUGGGACUUGCUCCUACUGCUUGAAACCACUGCUCCUGCAGGUUCCACAGCAACCUUGCUUAUUCUUUCCGGCGCCAUGCUGCGCCAAGAGACUCUGCUGCUCGCCAGAAAAUCCGUCGAAUGGCAGCCAGAACAGUGUCGGUUCCAAUGUGCGUCCGACAAAUGAUGGCGGUGAAACCGGUGGCCCACAACCACAAACCUCAGUGGGACCGAUACCUGCUGCAAACGUGCAAGCGAUGGCUCCGAUUGUUGCCCGUUCGUCUUCGGGCCCAGCUCCAGACGGGCAGUGGCCGCACUUCGCUGCGAGCGGCUGGCACCGCGCUCGUGCACCCACCAGUGCGCCGAGACAAGUCGCCAUGGUGCAGCCGAUGCCUUUCAUCGGUUGCAGUCCAUGGUCGCGCCCAGUUCCAAUCGCCAGCCAGCCCUCGUUGUCCCAGCGAGACUGCAGACUAAUGGGCCAGAAUCCGUUUCUCGCAGGUCACCACAACUACAACAUCCCAAUGCCAAUGCUCGACCCUAAUGCAGACUUUCGCCGUUGCGACUACUUUUUGGCCGGAGACGCCAAUAACGAAUCCAACUCCAGACAGUUGACGGUGACCAAUGGGGGAACCGGAGAUGGUUACAUUGUCCGCUUAAACAAUGCAAAUUUGUAA